GGGCCCGGCCGAGUGCGCCUGCGCUUACGCCUGCGCCUGGCAAGCGGCCGGCCUCUCCUGUCCAAACGCCCGGACCCCGCCGCGCCCCGCCCCAUCCUGCACCCGCGCUUUGCUGACGGAGAAAGCGCGGGGCGACAUGCGGCUGGUGAGCUGGAACAUAAAUGGGAUCCGGCGAUCGCCCGAGGCCCUGAGACGCCUGCUCGAUUCCCUGGGGGCCGAUGUGACCUGCCUACAGGAGACCCGAGUCACUCGGGACCUGCUGGAAGAGCCCCUGGCCAUCGUGGAGGGAUACAGCUCCUACUUUAGCUUCAGUCGAGGUCGCAGUGGCUACUCAGGUGUGGCCACCUUCUGUAAAAAUAACGCCACUCCAGGGGCAGCCGAGGAAGGCCUGACCAACCUCCUAACCAAUCACGAGGGUGCCGUGGGCGCGUAUGGAAACACGGAGGAGUUCACUGAAGAUGAGCUGCGGGCCCUGGACAGCGAAGGCCGGGCAGUCCUCACUCAGCACCAGAUACGCACUUCAGAUGGGCACGAGAAGACCUUGACAAUAAUCAACGUCUACUGCCCCCAUGCGGACCCCGACAAGCCGGAACGACUGACCUACAAGCUGCGUUUCUACCGACUCCUGCAACUCCGAGCUGAAGCCCUCCUGCGGACGGGCAGCCAUGUGAUCAUCCUGGGCGACGUCAACACCUCUCAUCAGCCUCUGGACCACUGUGACCCUCCAGAUCUGGCGUGCUUUGAAGAGAACCCCGGGCGCCAGUGGCUCACCCAGUUCCUGUGGCGGCCUGACGGGGAGAAUGGGCUGUUCGUUGACAGUUUCCGUCACUUCCACCCGACCAAAGUCGGUGCCUUCACCUGCUGGUCGACCGCUACGGGGGCACGCCUCACUAACUAUGGUACCCGACUCGACUAUAUCCUCGGCGACAGAGCCCUGGUGCUGGGGGAGUUUGAGGACUCCUUCCUCAUGCCUGAGGUGGAGGGCUCAGACCACUGCCCCGUGGGGGCCACCCUGAGGGCCGAGCUCAUCCCGGCCCCCCGCUGUCCCCCACUCUGUACCCGGUACCUGCCGGAGUUUGCUGGGCGACAGCAGAAACUCUCCCGGUUCCUGGUCAAAGUGGACCCCAACCUUCCGGGGCCCACUUCAGCCCCACCCCGAGAGGAAAAGAACGGUGUCGGGGUGUCUAAGAACCGGGCCAAGAGAACCUGUGGGGACCCGGGCCAGGGCCAGCUGAGCCUCCUGAGGUUCUUCCAGGCAGGCCGUCCCCCAGAAAAAGCCCCCGUCACCAGAGCCCAGGAGCCGGAGACCGAGCCGGCUGGCCGGGACCCCGGGGGAGCGGCACCCCCAGCCCCCGAGCCAGGCGAGGGCCAGGCAGCGUUUUGGAAGGCGGUUCUGAAAGGCCCCCCUCGUCCUCCUCUGUGCAAGGGCCACGGGGAGCCCUGCGUGCUGCGCACAGUGAGGAAAGCCGGGCCCAACUUUGGCCGGCAGUUCUACGUCUGUUCUCGGCCCGUGGGCCACAGUGGCAAUCCCGUUGCCCGUUGCGACUUCUUUCUGUGGGUCUCUGGCAAGACCCCAGCCCCUCACUGAGGGCUCCUUCUCACUCCCUUGGUGGAGCUUUCAUGUUACAGAGAUCACCGUGUUUUAGCGGCUGGUUGCCAAUGCCCUCCGAGGGACCCCAGAGCAGGUGUUAAUGGGACUAAAGGCGGCUGGGGGAAAGAAGGGAACUGCUGCUAACCUUGAGUUUGUUUUACUUUUUUAAAAAAAACCACACCUAAUUUUAUAUUAAUAAAGUUUGGAUCUUUGAACUGUCAAAGCACCUUUUAUGGGGUUUCCCAAGGCCCCCCGAGUUGGGUUUCCUUUCCAGAGGAGGUUGGCAGCCGCUUCACGGCCGACUAAAGCCCCGCCGGACUCGGGGCUCUCGGGUACAUGGUGUAUGUCAUGAAAAUGCCCAAUCCCAUAGUGCUGUUGGAGAGGAAGGGAGGUCUCUUGUGUGGGUCUUUUUCUCAGCCCUUUGCCAUUCGGGGCUUCCCUUGUAGAGUUGCCUUCAGGUCUGAAGCUGGAAGGAGACUUCAGUAGCCCCAGGGCCACCUCUGAUGGCUCGGAGACGGGUUGCGUGAUGGGUACUGGUGACAGCCAAGGUUUAGACAGAAUGGAGGCCCACUUCACUUUGCUGUCUCUCCCGUCUUUAAUACACCUAGAGGCAUUCUGGUUGGCUGGCACUAUCAGCGAGGAGCCCCGAGGGGGGCAGCUGUAGGGGAAGUGGCUGUAAUUUGUGGUCAGAGUCCCUGCCUGAGACCGGAAGUCCACCUCGGGGAUUGCCCCAGACCAGGAUGCCAACUGGUGAUUGGCUGAGUGUGUAGGUCAGGCACACAGAGGGGGUCAGAUAGGGAGAUACUGCUUUCUGCCAUCUUGGACCCUGAGAGGGCCCAGUGAAGGGAGAUAGGACUGAGCACGGCCGGCCUUUGCCCACAGCCUGGCGCCGUACCCUCACUUUCUCGAGCCCGUGGCCAGGGCUUCCGUCCUCCGUGUCUGCCGAGCCCAGAAGCAACCAGAGUCGUCAUCAUGAGGGUGGCUCUUGGUGUCUGAGAAGCCCAUCGGGCCAUCAGAGGGCGGGUGCCCAGCCUUGCAUCUCUUUGCAGAGAGGCUGCCAGACUGGAUGGGCUUUGAAGGCCUCUCUCUCAGCCUGUGGGUGUUCUGUUGAGGGCCUGUGGUGGGUGCUGAGGCAAGUGAAAGAGUCUGAGAGGAGUCAGGUGGCUGGUGCCGCG